ACAGUUAAGUUAGGUGUUGUGUUGUGGUCGAUGAGGUUCCACGCGAGUUCUUCUUCGUUUUUCUAGAUAGCCAGGAAUUAAAUAUAUAUUUUUUUAUUUUAUUUUAAACAAAAACAAGAGUUUCUAAAUCUCUACCAAAAUGAGUACGAUUUUGGAAAAAAUUGCGGCCAUUGAGUCCGAAAUGGCACGUACCCAAAAAAAUAAAGCCACCUCUGCUCACUUGGGUCUGCUUAAGGCCAAAUUGGCCAAACUGAGAAGAGAAUUGAUUUCCCCCAAAGGUGGCGGCGGCGGUGCUGGAGAACAGGGUUUUGAAGUUGCCAAGACUGGUGAUGCCCGGGUGGGUUUUGUGGGCUUUCCAUCUGUGGGUAAGUCAACACUGCUUUCCAAUUUGGCGGGUGUUUACUCCGAAGUGGCGGCAUACGAGUUCACAACCUUGACAACGGUGCCGGGUUGUAUUAAAUAUAAAGGAGCCAAAAUUCAGUUACUGGAUUUACCCGGUAUUAUUGAAGGUGCCAAGGACGGUAAAGGUCGUGGUCGUCAAGUUAUUGCGGUUGCUCGAACCUGUAAUUUGAUUUUCAUGGUACUCGACUGUUUGAAACCGCUGGGCCACAAGAAACUUCUGGAACAUGAAUUGGAAGGUUUUGGUAUACGACUCAACAAGAAACCACCAAAUAUUUACUUCAAACGCAAGGACAAGGGUGGCGUCAACCUCAACAGUAUGGUACCACAAUCUGAAUUGGACGCGGACAUGGUCAAGACCAUUCUAUCGGAAUACAAAAUACACAAUGCUGAUAUUACGCUGCGUUACGAUGCCACCAGUGAUGAUCUGAUUGAUGUCAUUGAAGGCAAUCGCAUCUACAUACCCUGCAUAUAUCUACUAAACAAAAUCGAUCAAAUUUCCAUUGAGGAACUGGAUGUUAUUUACAAAAUUCCACAUUGUGUGCCGAUAUCGGCUCAUCAUCGCUGGAACUUUGAUGAUUUACUGGAAAAGAUGUGGGAAUAUCUGCAAUUGGUGCGAAUUUAUACCAAACCGAAAGGACAAUUGCCGGACUACAGCUCGCCCAUUGUAUUGAACAGUGAACGCACAACCAUACAAGAUUUCUGUAACAAACUGCAUCGAAGUAUUGCCAAGGAAUUCAAAUAUGCCUUGGUCUGGGGUUCAUCUGUCAAACAUCAGCCACAAAAGGUUGGUAUCGAUCAUGUUCUCAACGAUGAAGAUGUCGUACAAAUUGUUAAGAAAGUCUAAGACAACCUCGGAGGGAAAUUUUGAAUUUAAAAUGUUUGUGUUAAGUAGAUGAGAAUGAGAAAGAAGUACUUGUAAUUAAUCAAAUCACAUAGCGUCUUAAGAGCCCAAAAUGCCGCUAAUAAAGGAACACCAGCUACCUUGCAAAAAACUUGUAAA